AGUAAAUAUCAGCCGAGAUAGCAGGCACAAGCUACCAGGCUACUCCCAGUGUUGGCAGAAGAAGAGAAAAUGUUUCAUCAACCGUUAUUCACCACAGGCAGUUAACAGUCCGGCCUUUAUCAGCUCAGCUAGCUUGACAGGUUAGCUAGCACGCUGAGUUAGCGUCCAAAGGAGGCGUCGUUUCUUGUGACUAUGCAAGGGGAAACCACGGCUUUACGGAUCACGGAAAGCGAAGGAAAGCUGGAUGUAUUUCCCCAGAACAGGACCCCCAGCUCGGGGAGAGCGAGUGCCAAAAGCUGGCAGUACAGUGACCACAUGGAGAAUAUCGACGGCUACCUGAUGAAGUACACCAACCUGGUAACAGGGUGGCAGUACAGGUUCUUUGUCUUGAACAAUGAGGCCGGUUUGUUGGAGUACUUCGUCAACGAGCAGUCGCGGCCGCAGAAGCCCCGCGGCAUGCUGCCCCUGGCUGGGGCCGUCAUCUCCCCCAGCGACGAGGACUCGCAUACGUUUACUGUCAACGCCAUCAGCGGGGAGCAGUACAAGCUCAGGGCUACAGACGCCAAAGAGAGGCAGCACUGGGUGAGCAGGCUGCAGAUCUGCACGCAGCACCACACAGAGGCCAUGGGGAAGAGUAACCCUCCGCCCAAGUCACGGAGCUACUCCAUGGCGUCUCAAGGCAGCGGCAGCUCCCCCAUGUCUGUGCGCCGGCCCAGCCAAAACCCCACCUCCUUAUUCGGCUGGUCACAGUCCCACAAAGGCUCAUCGCUCUACUCCAGUAAGAGGUCCCUGCUGCCGGAUCAUCUGCUGGACGCCAGAGAGAUGAUGACCCAGGCCCAGGGCCAGCACCGAGACCUCAUCCAGAGCAUCGAGGGCCUCCCUCCAGCCCCAGGUCUCUCCCCUCUGGACCAGGACUUCCUGAUGCUCAAAGCGACCUCCAUGGCCACCAUGAACUGCCUCAAUGAGUGCCUGCACAUCCUGCACCUGCAGCAGAUGGCCAGGCAGAGAGGCUCCCUGGGAGGACCCACCAUCGAAUGGCUGGAGCCCAAGCUGCCUGACAUCCUGAAGAACGGCAGCAGCUCCCUGGGCAGCUUCAACACUGGGGAGGGCGCACUGGAGGGCAGCCAGCUGGAGCUCAGCAGCCCCGAGUCAUGCAGCUUUUCUGGGGAACAAGAAGACAUCGACCCCGAGGAUGAGGCCGAGGACUGCUUCACAGACAAGGAGGAGGACCUGGGCGCUGUGGAGGAGGAGCGCAGCGUCAUCCUACACCUGCUGUCCCAACUGAAGCUCGGCAUGGACCUCACGCGGGUCGUCCUCCCCACCUUCAUCCUGGAGAAGCGCUCCCUGCUGGAAAUGUACGCUGACUUCAUGUCCCACCCGGACCUCUUUGUGGCCAUCACGGAUGGCAGCAGCCCAGAGGACCGCAUGGUCCGCUUCGUUGAGUACUACCUCACCUCCUUCCACGAGGGCCGCAAGGGCGCCAUCGCCAAGAAGCCCUACAACCCCAUCAUCGGCGAGACCUUCCACUGCUCCUGGAAGGUCCCGAGGAGAUUAGAGAGUCCAAAGGAGCCAUCGCAGGGCAGCCCCGACCCGGCCGCCUCCCCCCAGGACCCCUACCAAGUGCGCUUUGUGGCGGAGCAGGUGUCCCACCACCCGCCUGUGUCGGGCUUCUACGCCGAGUGUCAGGAGAGGCGGAUGUGUGUGAACACGCACGUUUGGACCAAGAGCAAGUUCAUGGGAAUGUCCAUCGGAGUUUCUAUGAUCGGAGAAGGAUGUCUGUAUCUGCUAGAGCACGAUGAAGAGUACACGUUCACGCUACCUUGUGCGUACGCUCGCUCCAUCCUCACCGUCCCCUGGGUGGAGCUCGGUGGGAAAGUCAACAUCAACUGCGCCAAAUCAGGCUACUCUGCAAUCAUCACGUUUCAGACUAAACCGUUUUAUGGAGGCAAAUUACACAAAGUAACCGCUGAGGUGAAGCAAAACACCACAAACGCAGUUGUGUGUCGGGUUCAGGGCGAGUGGAACGGCGUUUUAGAGUUCACCUACACCAACGGGGAGACCAAGGUGGUCGACGUCACAAAGCUGCCCGUCACGAAGAAAAACGUUCGACCAAUUGAGAAGCAAGGGCCGACUGAAUCCAGGCGCCUGUGGCAGCACGUGACGGCGUCCUUACGGGAGAAGGACAUCGAAAAGGCGACGGAGCACAAGAGGCUUCUGGAGGAGAGACAGAGGACGGAGGAGAGGCACCGAGUUGAGACUGAAACCACCUGGAGGACCAGAUACUUUGACAGAGAGGGUGAAGGCUGGAUCUAUCACAAACCACUCUGGAAAAACUCUGCAUUCAAAACCUAGCUCCUCCAGCCCUCAUGUGUUUGGACGUCGUAGAUUCAGGAGUGUGUGAGUGAGCGCACACACAUGGUUAUGAGACGGGAGCAUGACCUGCACUGACGAAUGCAACACAGGGAGACAGACUGAUGGUGUUUUUGAAUCUCGCUCAUGAUGUUCACGAAGCCUCCCAGUACAAGCUUUUGUACUGCUGAUCUCUCUCUCUCCUUUUUUUUUUAUAAUCCAAUGACGACAUGUUCUUGUACAGGUAAUGGUACUCUAUUUACACCGCCUUAAGAUAGUCUGAUGAAUGAUGCUCAAUGUUUGCUGGAUGGUUCUUUUAUUUCUUUUUUUACACCGUUAUAUCACACUGAGACGACGUGACUUCUGAAGAGUUUCUCCAUCAGAAAUCCGGCAGAAUGAGAACGGAAAUCUUCUGCCCGAUGAGAUGAUUUCAAACUGUGAAAAUGUAGAGAUGGAGUUUGAGUGCUGGAUUGUGAAGUUGCUCUACAUGAUUUUCAUCUGUGUUAGAAAUCUUUCCUUCAAAUCACAAAAUUUAGCUUCCAUUUUAAAAUCUAAUGGCUGCAACCUUUGGUUUGAUAUUUUAACCGUCAGCAGUCAUUGGAUGUUGAUUCAAAUUAAAGCGUGAUUGGUGCAUGAUAUAAGGACAUAAAAACAUCUAUUAAAAUAUGCAAAACAUUUCUGUUUUUUUCUAGAACUGAUCACUCAUACUGUACUAAGAAAAUGCUGGAGAAAAUACAUUUUCAGGACUUUAUAACAGCUGCCCUCAUGCAAACAGGAUAAAGUCAAAUAUCAUCAAGUACAUUUAAAUGCGCAAAACCUCCUGAUGUCUAGCAGUAGCAACUGCAUUAGCUAGUGUUCAUAGAGAGAAAGAAGCUCUUAAAUCUUUAAAGAUCCCUACAAAUUUGAAGCUGAAACCAAAAUAUACCAUUCUGUUAAAGUUUAGCCUGGCAAAGCGUGAUAUAUACACGGCCAACAGCGAUGUAUGUAGAGGUAUAUGCCUCUUUUUGGGUGCCUGACAUGCAGCUACAUAGGCGCCAUUUUCAAGCCGCAGAUCAAAUUAAAUGCUGGCCUACGACUGUAGGAGGUUUCCACAGUUUAAAUAGUCAUAAGUCGCUGAAAUGAGACUCAAUUUCAAGCCUUCUUUUGUCCCAAUUGUCAGCAUUAAUGACUUGACAAUCCUGGAAUUAUAAGUAAAAAGGUAGAAAAACAUUCUGAAGCACGACUGUCUGCUCAAUGACAGGAAAACUGGAGGAAACCAGACAAAUAUCUGCUUAAAUCAGGGAUAUUUGGACCCAAAAGAGAACCAUACUGUGGACCGUGAUCAUGAAUCUAGUUUCCUGGCAUGUUCAUGGACUUGAUUCCACAUCCUGGAGUUUGGGGAUCUUUUGAAGCUUUAUUAGUUGUUUCUUUAGCUAAUUUGUAAAAAGAAAAACCCUUUAUGGUUUUUAAAUCUGUGAUAUGUGGGAUCAGCAUACCCGGGCUUUCUUUCUUAGGUUAGCUCGAUUUUAUCACCCAUUCAACUUUCAUUACUUCCUGUUUAUUUCUAAUGUGACAAAUACACCCUGGACAGCUCCUUACUUUCUCCAGGCUGGUUGCUACAGUAACGGUACGGCUUCCUUUUGUGGCUUUAUUAUCGUACUGUUAAGACUCCAUGACCACAGGGAACAUCAUCAAGAUGUAAUUUUUAAAAAGACGCCACUUUCUGGCUGAAAUAAAGCCGACUCUGCACUGAUACUCUGUGACAUCACAUGCAUACCCUCUAUUAAUAGCGUUAGUGCAUUAGCGAAACUGUCUCUCAGCCCCAGAAGAGUUUAAUUUUUGUGACCACAUUGCCAGCCUGAAUGACUUUCAUACUUUAGAGAUGUGUUUUAUCUGUGCUGCGUGCCAUGCUGGCUCAGCUGAUCCUGGAGAAACACAGCUAAAUCCAUAUUUUAUCAACUUUACCGUUACGCUUCUGUACGUUUAAAAAAGCUUCAUGUAACGACCUCGAGAUAUCACAAACUGUAGCUCAUCUCCAAGUCAGUGCAAGCUUUUAGCUGUGGCUACCCCUCUCCAAGAUGGCCGCCAUGUAAACGCUAGCAACUCAGGCGGCACCUACAUGUAGAUAUGUAAGCUUGAAACAGAGGGAACUGGCUAGCUUGGCUCUGACUAUCUUGGUAGCAAAAGUAGCAUACUUACACCUCUGACUUUUUCAAAUUCAAGUGUUUGAUUUUGUUUAUUUUAUCCUUGUAAAAGUGUAGAAAUGUAAAGUUUCGGAGCAGGAGUUUUGAAGUGUUUUUUGCCUGAGUUCAGUAAAUUGCGGGUUGUCUUUAGGAUUUGGUUGCUGCUCGUUUUUUUAACAAAGUCUGGAUUUUUCUCCCUGAUUCCAAUCUUUAUGCUAAGCUUACCUACGCUAACUAUUUCCCAAAUUGUGCCCAAGUAGCCCAUGCGUUUUUAGUAAAAAGCAGAACUCGAUAGCCUCAAUUUCAGCCCAUACUGAGAGCUUACAUUUCCCAUAAUGUUCCAUUUUUUAAACACCUUACUUAGUUAACAUUUUGGAUGGUUUUGUGCAUUUGAAUGUACUUAUGGAUAUGAAAUGAUGCUACUCAGUCUCUAAAUUCUGAUUUAUUUUCUAUGUAUUUGAUGCUAUAUUGAUAUUAGUGUACUCACACUGCUUGAAUGGCAUGUCAUAGACUAGCUGAUAGAUAACCAAAUUCUAAAUUAUUAAAUCCUUUGAUUGAAUCAAAUGUGAAUGCAUCUAAACGUAUUUCCCAAAUAUUCAUGUCUUUUUUUAACUUCCUGUGGUUUUGCAGUGGAUGACUCCUUCAUGCAUGAAACUAAAGUCUCACAUUGAUUGCAAGUAUGCUCCUCCCAUGUCUGUUGUAAAAGCUUUUAACCAAAUCUGCUUGUUUUUGUAAUGCAAAUAAAUGUUAUUUUCUUUGAAUGUGUUUAUCACCUUAUCUUAUGCUUUAAUUGCUCUCAUUUAAGAGCCAAAAACAUGGAUUAGUCGGUGUUUUUCUCUGAAUUCAGCUCCCAUCUUCAACUUUGCCACAUGCAUUUUGAUUUUUCCCCUUUUUUAGCAUCGCACUCUCAAAGCAUCCCUGCAGAAAGAGGAUCCAACCCCCCCUCCAUUGAUAAGCUAACCUCUCCUUCUAUUUCUUGGUGCCUUAUGCAAGCUCUUUAUGUCAACUUCUGCUAAGAAAAAUAUUUUCAUCAGUUAUUAACCAGAGCAUUGGUGUAUGCUUUCUUUGCGUGUGCUUGAGGGUGUGUUUUCCUUUUAUGAAUCAGUGCUGAGAGAUGUCAACUGAAGCACUUUUUAUUCUGGGUUUUAUUUUGGUUUUUGGAGUCUGUUGGUUGUCUAUGAAAUGCACUGACAUUGAAGGAAACCUGAUGUAGAAAAAUGGACAUGUGUGAUCAUAAUCAAAUAAAUUGCGUAUCAGUUGUAUAAAAUGUUGCACGUUUUCUUCUCUGCCAAGUUGAAAUUAUUGUAUGUGGUGGAUGAAAUUGUCACAUUGUAGUUUCUGGUUGUUUCUGCCAAAUCUGAGCAUAAUCAUUCUUUAUUUACGAGUUAAUUUUCAUGAUCCUAGGAC